UGCGCCCCGCCCCGCCCCGCCCCGCCCCGCGCGGCAGUGGCGCUGCCGGUUCGGCUCGCGCUGCCGGUUCGCGUCCCGGUCCCGGUCGCGGUGCCGGUCGCGGUGCGGGCCAUGGCGCUGCUGCUGGAGCACGAGUUCAAGCCGCUGCCGGCCGACAGGCAGAUCGAGACGCUGCCCUUCCUGGAGGCCGUGGCGCACCUGCCGCCCUUCUUCGACUGCCUCGGGACACCCAUCGUGUACUCGCCGGUCAAAGCAGACCUAGCCGGGAAUAUCAAGAAAAUCCGAGCGGUUUAUGAAUCCAACCCUGCCAAGUUCAAGACGUUGCAGAACAUCCUGGAAGUGGAGAAGGAGAUGUACGGCUCGGCGUGGCCCAAGACGGGCGCAACGCUGGCGCUGAUGUGGCUGAAAAGGGGCCUGAAGUUCAUGCUAGUUCUGCUGCAGAGCAUCUCUGAUGGUGAGAGGGAUGAGGAGCACCCGAACCUCAUCAGAGUGAACGCCUUGAAAGCUUAUGAGAUUGCUCUGAAGAAAUACCACGGCUGGAUGUUGCAAAAGCUCUUCACCGGCUCAGUCUAUGCUCUUCCCUACAAGUCGGAUUUGCUUAAGGCUUUAGAGAAGGGUAAAGAAUUGAAGGAGGAGGAGACCAUAGAGAAGAUCCAUCAGUUUGUAUCGAGGGUCGCCCCCAUCCUGGAUGCGAUCUAUGAAAUGUAUAUAAAAAUGAACGCGGAGCUGAACUACAAAGCCUAACGCCUGCACAGCACUUGGACAGCUGAGAAUGAGGUGCAACGAUUACUACCUACGUCUUAAUCACUGUGACAAGCAGGGCUCUUGCCCGCUGGCAGAUGACUGAUUCUGCUGUGGAUCUGCAGUGGAUAGCCCGUUUUUUAAAAAAUAAUUUUCUAUGGGGAAUACAGCAAUAAAACAACGGUAUCCCAAGUCA